AUGCGCAUUCUUAACAAUAAAUCGGCAGACUGCGGCUGCCUCUUCGGGCUUGAUAUUGGUGGUACGCUGACAAAAAUGGUCUACUUCCAGUCAGCGGAUGGUGCGGCUGUGACACAGCGGAGGCAGAUGGAACACUAUCUGACUCGAUUUAGCCCUUGUGAUGUCAGUGAACGGUGUCAUGUGGAGGGGAGCUUGCCGCUUAUCGAUGAUUUUAUUAUGAGCCUCAAAAUGACGGAGAUUGCUCAGCGCGAGGAACGGCUCCAAAUGUUCGUGCCCGAACUUAAUGGAACACUUCACUUUAUCAAUUUUCCAACGGCUAAAAUGGACAAUAUCAUAGACUUUGUGCGCCGUCGCUUUUUUCACCGUUACAUCAAAAAGAUCGCAUGCACGGGCGGCGGUGCCUUCAAAUUUUCUUCUUUGUUCGAGUCGCGCUUGGGCAUUGAGCUACAGAAAACGGACGAGAUGGAUGGACUUAUUCAAGGCUUGAACUUUGUGCUAAAGUAUGCGCCCGACGAAUGUUAUACUUUUGUAAAUGUAAUUCCAGGUACUGGUCUCGGGAGUGCAACAAGAAAAAUGUUGCCAAAGCCAAACAAGCGCGAUCUAUACCCAUUCUUGCUCGUGAAUAUUGGCUCGGGUGUGAGCAUAAUUAAGAUUACUGGUGAAUUGAACUACGAGCGUGUGUCAGGCACAAGUUUGGGCGGAGGAACCUUUCUGGGGCUGUGCCGUACACUUUCAAAGCUGCGAACGUUUGACGAGGCAAUGGAUGCGUCGAUUGAGGGCAAUUCAAAUGAGCUAGAUAUGACUGUGGGUGACAUCUAUGGACCUACCGGCUACGAGCAAUUCCAGCUUAAACCAGACACAGUGGCCAGCAGCUUCGGGAAGGCUAGUGCGUCGCAACCGCCGCGAGAUGCCGACCUUGCCCGCUCGCUACUCUUCAUGAUCACGCAGAAUUUAGGUCAGCUUGCUUUUCUCAAUGCGCGACGCGCUGAAACCAAGCGUAUUUAUUUUUCUGGAAACUUCUUGCGACGCAACGAACUGGCGUGUAGACAGCUGGCUUAUGCUAUCAGCUUCUGGUCCAAGGGUGAGAUGCAGGCACAAUUCUUCCAUCACGAAGGCUUUUUUGGUGCACUUGGGACGUUCUUGCAGCGCUACAGCUUAAAUUAUGAAUCGCCAGUCCUGAGCAAGUCAGAAUUAGAGGAGUCAGGCGAUGAUCAAAAUAGCUGCUACUCUUAG